AUGCUGUCAACCAAAGCUACUCCGAACGCUCCAAAGUCCAAGAAAGAGCUCGAGGAGCUUCUUCGAGAUGAUAUCAAAGUCAAAGUUGCUGGCAUUGACGAGGGAAAUACAUGGCAAUCCAAGGCAAAGUUUCUUAGCGCAGUUGAAGGGGAUGGUUUCGGAUUCUGCUCGGUCAUUUUUGGCUGGGAUAUUCACGACACGACAUAUAGUCGGGAGCUUCUCAUCUCCAACAAGGCAAAUGGAUAUCGAGAUAUCAUCGCCAAGGUCGAUCUGUCGACCUAUCGUCGUAUUCCCUGGGAGUACGAUGUCCCCUUCUUUCUCGUUUCCUUCCUGGACCCCGACACCAAGGAGCCAAUCUGUGCCUGCCCGCGAGGAACACUUGCAAAGGCAGUCACUGUUGCGGAGAGGCAUGAAUGGGAAUGUCUGGCUGGCGUGGAAUACGAGUACUUCACAUUCAAAGAGGAUCCGACGAGUGCGGCGGAUAAGAAAUUCAACGGUCUUAGUCCGUUGACUCCUGGCAUGCACGGUUACUCGUUGCUAAGAACGCAGCUCAACAAGGACUUCUUCAAUGACAUCUUUGACACUGCCAAUAGCUUUGCGAUCGAGAUAGAGGGUCAUCACACCGAAACUGGACCUGGUGUCUUUGAAACGGCGCUGGCAUACACAUCUGCCCUUCGCAUGGCCGACAACGCCAUUCUCUUCAAAUACCUUGCAAAGAGUCUUGGCAUGCAGUACGGGAACAUCAUGCCCAGUUUCAUGGCAAAACCAUGGGGAAAUCUUCCAGGUUGCAGCGGGCAUGUUCAUGUCUCGCUAAAGACAAAAGAUGGAAGGAAUGUUUUUGCCAUCGACAAGUCGCAUUUGCAUCGUGGGCGCUCAGACGCACAGUACGAGGAUACAAAGUGGCUCAGCAAAGAAGGUGAAUGGUUCCUUGCUGGCGUUCUUGAUGGUCUACCAGAUAUUGUGCCACUGAUGGUGCCCACCAUUAACGGCUAUAAACGCUUGGUCGGUGGCGAGUCGUUCUGGGCACCGAAUGCAGUCACCUGGGGCUACGACUCACGAGCGGCCUCUAUUCGACUCAUCACGCCACCGUCUUGCCCACGUUCAGCAACUAGAAUGGAGAUUCGAGUACCUGGAGCGGACAUGAACCCAUACUUUGCUCUUUCGGCCAUCUUCCUCCUCGGUUUUCGUGGUAUUGAGAAGCAAAUGUCAAUUCCCGUCCCACCUGUCAAGGACCUCAUGAACGACAAGUCCAGAGUUACGAAACUCGCGACCAAUCUCGAGACAGCCACUUCACUCUUCAUGCGGGAAGGCAGUGUAGCGCGAGAGGUAUUCGGUAACGAGUUUGUUGAUCACUUCGGAGGGACGAGAGAGCACGAAGUGAAUGCAUGGAAUGCAGCGGUGACGAACUGGGAAGUCGAAAGAUAUCUCGAAUUGGUGUAA